AUGUAUAAUGACCUCAAGGAAGUCUACUGGUUGAAUGACAUGAAGAGGGGCGUAACGGACUUUGUGGCAAAGUGUUCAAACUGUCAACAAGUGAAGGCUGAGCAUCAAAGGCCCGGUGGGUUAGCUCAGCGUGUAGAAAUUCCAAUGUGGAAAUGGGAAAUGAUCAACAUUGAUUUUGUGGUGGGGAUACCGUGCACUCCACGCUUCAUGGCACUCCCGUUUCCGUCAUUUCUGAUCGAGGGGCCCAGUUCACAGCUAAUUUCUAGAAGAAAUUUUAGCAAGGUUUGGGCACGCAGGGGUAGCUGGGACGAUCAUCUGCCGCUUAUAGAAUUUGCUUAUUACAACAACUUCCAUGCCAGUAUUCAGAUGGCGCCGUUUGAGGCCUUGUAUGGCAGGAGAUGUAGGUCACCAAUUGGGUGGUUCGAGGUUGGAGAAGGCGAGCUAAUAGGACCAGAUCUUGUGCAUCAAGCUAUAGAGAAGAGACUUGGAGUUCAAGGAAGACGAUUGGGUGUUCUUGAAGGUAUCCCCCAUGAAGGGGAUCAUGCGGUUUGGAAAGAAGGGGAAAUUGAGUCCGAGAAGGUAGUUGGAGACCCGUCCGCUAUUGUGCCGGUUGAGACCAUUGAGGUUAGUGAAGAAUUGUCCUAUGAAGAGAUCCCGGUCACCAUUCUUGAUAGACAGGUCCAAAAGUUCAGAAUCAAGGAAAUUGCAUCCGUAAAGGUAUUAUAG